CUGAUUCUGAUUCUGAUUCCAGCCACCCUGACCGGCGAAGCGCGGCUGACAUUUCCCCCCCACCAUACCGCCACCACCUGAGAAGAGAUCGAUCCAAUCAGAUUAACCAAUUAGCAGGGAGGGAGGAGAGGGGCAAAGGCAAUGGCCGGGACGGAGGUGGAGGACCCGCCGGCGGCGGCGUUGGAGGUGCCCGCGAAACGCGGCCUUCUGCGGUACAACUCGCCGCUGGCGCAGGUGUCCCUGCUGGGCCUCAUCUGCUUCUGCUGCCCCGGCAUGUUCAACGCGCUGUCGGGCCUCGGCGGCGGAGGCCAGGUCGACCCCACCAUCGCCGACAACGCCAACACCGCGCUCUACGCCUGCUUCGCGGUGUUCGGCGUGCUGGGCGGCGCCGCGCACAACCUGCUGGGCCCGCGCGCGACGCUGCUGGCCGGCGCGCUCACGUACCCGCUCUACGCCGGCUCCUUCCUCUACUACAACCACCGCCCGGGCUCGCAGGUGUUCCCCGUCACGGCGGGCGCCCUGCUCGGCGCCGGCGCGGGCUUCCUCUGGGCGGCGCAGGGCGCCGUCAUGACGUCGUACCCGCCGCCCAACCGCCGGGGCACCUACAUCUCCCUCUUCUGGUGCCUCUUCAACCUGGGCGGCGUCCUCGGCGGCCUCCUCCCUUUCGCCCUCAACUACAACCGCGGGGACAAGAAAGGGAGCGUCAGCGACGGCACGUACAUCGCCUUCAUGGCAUUCAUGCUCGUCGGCGCCGCGCUCACCGUGCUCGUGCUGCCGCCCGCCAGGAUCGUCCGCGACGACGGCACCAGGGCCACCAGGGUCACCUUCUCCUCCCCGGCCACCGAGGGCGCCGAGAUCCUCAAGCUCUUCGCCAACUGGAAGAUGCUGCUCGCGCUGCCGGCCGCCUGGGCCAGCAACUUCUUCUACACCUACCAGUUCAACAACGUCAACAGCGGCCUCUUCACGCUCCGCACCAGGGGCCUCAACAACGUCUUCUACUGGGGCGCGCAGAUGAUCGGCUCCGCCGGCAUCGGCUACUUCCUCGACUUCGGCUUCGCCAGCCGCCGAAAGAGGGGGCUGUUCGGGGUCGCCGCCGUCGCCGCCGUCGGAACGGCCAUCUGGGGAGGCGGUCUGGCCAACCAGCUCAGCUACAAUGCCGUGCCGGUGCCCGACCCCAUCGAUUUCAAGGACGGCCACCGCUACGCCGGGCCCUUCCUGCUCUACUUCAGCUACGGACUGCUAGAUGCCAUGUUCCAGAGCCUUAUCUACUGGAUCAUCGGCGCACUCGCCAACGACUCCCAAAUCCUCAGCAGGUACGUCGGGUUCUACAAGGGGGUGCAGAGUGCGGGAGCGGCGGUGGCAUGGCAGGUGGACAGGCGCCACACGCCCCUCAUGUCCCAGCUGAUCGUCAACUGGGGGCUCAUGACCAUCAGCUACCCCUUGCUUGCGCUGCUGGUGUUCCUGGCCGUGAAGGACGAGAGCUACUCGGUUUCGUCGGUGGAGGACGGCCGGGAGAAGGACAGCAAGCUGUCCGCGCCGACCAGCUUCCACUGAUGAAGAAGAAGAAGGAUAGACCAAGAUGCACGUCACUGUAAUUGUAACACGGUGUUUCCAUCCAAGUAAGUUUUAGUAGUAGAAAUCAAGAAACAACUGGAGCAUACUCAGGGUGUGGCGUUCGUUUUUAAGUAAGUUGUAGUAGUAUUCGUUUUGGUGAUUGUUAUUUAUUAUAGCACCUCUGGGUUAGCUUGAGCAUCAUGCUUCCUUGUCAGUGGUGUGACCAAGAAAUUGGAUAGAAUCUAUAUGAAGGAAUUCUUUUGCUAUUUAAAAUUGUUCUCUCUC